AUGAGUGAGGGUGUGAAACGAAGGCGUCUGAAUGGCUCAACGGACAAUGUAACUGAGAAUGAUCUCUAUCGUCUGACAUCUGAAGCGGAGAAAACAUCGUGGAACGGCUUCUGCGAGCUCGAAUCGGAACCAGCGAUCUUCAAUGUAAUGCUCCGCGAAUUUGGGGUAACAGGUGUCAAAGUUCAAGAAGUCUUUUCCUUAGACGAUGAGUGCCUGGCUUGUUUGAAUAAACCUGUCUACGGCUUGAUCUUUUUGUUUCGCUGGCGAGAAGAUGACCCCGAAAAGCAGGAAGCAACCUGCCCCGAAGGGCUUUGGUUUGCGAAUCAGACGACGAGCAAUGCAUGUGCAAGUGUCGCUCUUUUGAACAUCGUCAAUAAUGUUGAAGGCAUUGAUCUCGGAGAGAAUCUCCGCCACUUCAAAGAGUUCACUAUGCCAUUUACACCUGCGCUAAGAGGAGAUGCGAUCAAUAAUUUUGAGUUCGUCAAAAGAAUACAUAACUCAUUUGCAAGGAAGAUGGACAUGCUCAACUCAGAUCUCCACCUUAAAAAUGAGGCAACAUCCAGACGCAACCGGUCAAAAAAAGGCAGCCGCGGGGAAAAUGACGAUGACGCAGGAUUUCACUUUAUCGCGUUUGUUCCUGCCUUGGGUAAAGUCUGGAAGUUUGAUGGCUUAGAACGCCAGCCUCAGGCCCUCGGCAAAUUCGAGCCAGACAGUGAUUGGCUAACAUUGGUCAAGCCAAAUAUAGAGGCCAGGAUGGCUGAGUACGCAGAAGACCAGAUCGAAUUCUCAGUCCUAAGUAUUGUUCGACAUCCGCUACCCGAAUUUGUCGAAAAGUUGACUAUGAACAUAAAACACCUGCAAGCUAUUGAGAAGGUGAUAACUUCACUCGAAGGGGAUAAAACCGACGUCGGCCCGUGGGACAUUCUUCCUGAGAAUACACUCUUAGGUCCUGACCCAUCCUACGGCGUGACGGAGAAUGCUCUCGAGCGGACAAACAUUUCUGCAGAGGAAGCGAAUGAAUAUCUACAGUGUACUAUGGAGGACUUAGCGCGUCACCGAGCAGAGCGGAGUAGAGCCCAAUUGGAGCUUCGGCGGACGGUUCGAGAGGAACAGCAGACCCAGCAGAAAGAUGAUGACUAUGCAGCAGGGCGGAGGUUCGAUUAUGGACCAGCCAUCAGGACUUGGCUGCGCUUCUUGGCGCGCAAGCGGGUCCUCGAAGACCUUCUUCCCAAGACCGAGGGUGUGCAGUGA